AUGCUUAGAUCAGCUCUUUCAUCCUGGAGAGAGUACUUAACCCCCGUCUCACACACCUCCACGUUCCAGACGUCCGGGGAGAUUACGCCGGAGGAGUUCGUGGCGGCCGGAGACUACCUCGUGUACCGGUUUCCCACCUGGCAGUGGUCCUCGGCCCCAGAGAAUAAGCGAAAAGACUUUUUGCCCGCGGAUAAGCAGUUUUUAGUCACGAAACAUGUGCCGUCAUACAUCCGCGCCGCCACCUAUCUCGGAGCGGGGAUCGGUGACGACGAGGAAGAGGUUGAGGGCGAGGAUGGCUGGACCACCACCCACAUGACGCAGCAAACGGAGGCUGUAGUUCCUCAGGCAGAGGAGGCACAAGAUAUUGACGACUUGAUCGAUGAGAAUGCGGAAGACGAUGAGUACGCGGCCGUUACCCCCUCCACAAAGGACCACCGCUCGUACGAUCUCCACAUUGCCUACUCGACGUCCUACCGUGUGCCGAAGAUGUAUUUGCUUGGCUACACGGCCGAGGGGACGCCGUUGACCCCGGAGCAGAUGUUUGAAGACAUCUCGGCUGACUAUAGAGACAAGACGGUGACGAUAGAAAAGGCUCCGUUCUUGAACAACACGACAUUAAUUUCCAUCCAUCCAUGCAGACAUGCCACGGUUAUGAAGGUUUUGAUGGCCCGGGCCGCUGCUGCGAAGCAGAACCGUGACAGCAAGGACAUUGCCGAAGGGAUCGCCAAAUUGGGCGUGAAUCAAGACACGGAGGAAGAGUGGGAGAGCGUGGACGAGUCGGUGGGUGAGGGGAUCCGUGUUGACCAGUACUUGGUGAUUUUCUUGAAGUUCAUCUCUACGUUUAUAAAGGGGAAACUUACACCAGAGCAGCAGCGACGGAUAGAAGCAAACCGCCGGAAGGCGCUCGAGCGGUUGAAGCAGAAAGGGCUCGCCAAAGCAGGCGACCGAAUCCAGACGUUUGAAAAAUCGGAGGGGGUGAGCAAGCCGCCAGUAGCGCUUACGGCAGACCAGCGAAACAAAAUUGAGGCUAACCGCCGCCGCGCGCUAGAAAUCUUGCAGUAUAAACAGAUGAACCACCGGGAUGCCUCAGAACAGACCGGCGCGCUGACCAUCCCUAUCGUCCAGAUUCCCGCUUCCAGCUCCACAUCGGUGCGAAACGGCCCAUCCUUUACGGGAUCCGCGGCAAUGGUGGCGGAAGCCUCCGUUGCUGCGGCACGGCCACUUUCCUAUAUUGUUCCCUCGGUCCGCAAAUCUGACUACAUCGAGUAUGACUUUUCCACGAUGAAAGACACACGAGGCGGAUUCAUCAAUGACGAUGCAACGGUAGAGGGUGAGCGGAAGACACUAGAGGAAUGGCAGAAGGAGCAGCAAGUUAUCAAGGAGCCGGCUCCACCGAUAGACCUCUCCAGCAUGCCCCAGUGCUACGAGUGUCGGAGCGUCAACUUGGACAAGCAAUUAUAUGACGUAUUCAAGUGCCGUGUGUGCCGUGUGUGCAAGGAAAAGAUGCCUGAUAAGUACACAUUACUCACAAAGACGGAGGUUAAGGAAGAUUACUUCCUCACAGAUCCGGAGCUAAACGACACCGAGUUGUUCAAGCGCCUAGAGAAGGCAAACCCGUAUUCGGGGACAUUUUCCCGCAUGCAGUUGUUUCUUCGUUACGAGGUGGAAGCGUACGCGUUCAAGAAGUGGGGCACAUCAGAAGCGUUGGACGCGGAAUGGGCGCGGCGUGAAGAGAUGCGCGUCAAACGGCGCGACAAGAAGUACGAAUUGAAGUUAAAGGAAAUGCGGAAAAAGACCCGUGCCGAGGAAUAUACGCGGCGCUUUCGUGAGAGCAGUCGCGUGCAUCAGCACCAGUGGUCGGAGCCGGUGGUGUUGCCGGGUGAGGAUGGCAUGGUCAAACGGCGGUGCUUGGACUGCGGGAUGGAGACCGAAGAGUUUCUCAUAGGGUGAGUUGGGGGAGCUAUCCCAUUUGUUGUAUAUGUUCUUGAGGAUUAAGAGGUGAAAUAUGUGCAUUUCCUUUGUCGUAAUGAGAUAGUUUGAGGUUUCAUGAUUGUGUUAAAAAACUGGUAAGGUCCCAGGGAUGGCGUAAAGUGCGGUUAAUAUAAACCUUUGCAAUACGUAGAUUUCCAGCUAAGCAUAUUUUCUACAUCAAGGAGUGGUUGUUGUGGCGUGAAGGGUACCGCUCGUAUGUGUACUUUUUGGAGCAAUGCG